AAAACCUGCAAUCGACCGAGUAUGCAUGAUAACGACAGUUACGAACAAUCAUGGUUGCAAUAAUUGAAGGAUCUGGUUUUUUUGUUCCGUACAUUCUUAUACUUCUUGUCUUGUUUUCCAAUCAUCACUUGAUCAACUGUCACGAAGAAAAAGUUUCGGAACAAAUAACGGUCAUCGACAUUGGUGUAGUUCGAAACCCAAAAUCGCCUUUCGGUGAGAUGAUAAAUUUGUGCUUAGAGAUGGCAAUUUCAGAUUUUUACACAGCAAAUCCCGACUACAAGACAAGAUUACGCUUGCGGACUAAGGAAGCGGAAGACACGCUCGGCAUUAGUCUUGCAGCUCUACACUUAGUGCAGCAAGAACAAGUGCAUGCAAUCUUAUGGCAUCACGAACCAGAGCAAGCAGAGACUUUUGUCGUCGAGCUCGGCCGAAAAUCCCGAGUCCCGAUAAUCUCUUUCACCUCAACCACCGAAGCCGACUUUCCCACCCCACAAAACCCUUACCUCGUCCGGGCUUCCCUAGACGACUCGGUCCAAGCUCGGGCGCUAACGUCCGUUUUCCGAGAAUUCGCGUGGAAAAACGCCGUAAUUCUAUACGAAGACUCCGUCGCCGGCCGCCGAUUCCUCUCUCGCCUGAACGCCGCGCUCCGGGACAUCGAAAUCGCGCUUUCCGAUGCCGUGGCCGUGCCUCCGUCCACCGACGGGGCCCACAUCCUCAGCGACGAGCUGGCCGCGCUUAACGAGAACCAGACGGUCAAGGUUUUCCUAGUCCAUGCGGGCCCCGCGCUCGGGUCCCGGUUGUUCGCCGCUGCCGAUGAGGUCGGCAUGAUGCGCGACGAGCAUGCGUGGAUAGUCGCGGGCGCGAUGUCCGACUCCAUGAUGAGCUCAGUCGCUAUUCGAGACGCUCAUCGGGAGUCGAUGGAAGGAGCCGUGGGCGUGAGGGCCCGCGUUCCAUCUUCGGACGAGCUCGAAAAGUUUCGAGAGAGGUGGAGAAUAAAAAGCACGAUUAUGAAGAUCGAGAAAGAGAAGGAAGACGGUUAUUCGUGGAGGAUAAUGGACUUGAAUGUUCGCGGGCUUUUAGCUUACGACACGGUGACCGCGUUAGCAACCGCGGUGGAGAAGAUCGUGCGGUCGAACGCGAGCUCUGCUUUUGGCCCCCAACUUCGAGAAGAAAUGUUUAGCAUCCGAGUCGAGGGUUUGAGCGGAGAGUUUGAGAUAUCGAACGGGACGCUAAAGCCCUCGGCGUUAGAGAUAUUCAACGUCGUGGGAAGUGGAGAACGGAGGUUAGGAUUUUGGACGCCCGAGAACGGGAUAGUAAGAGAUUUGGAUCCAAAGCCGGUUAAAGAACUUAAAAGAAUCGUGUGGCCGGGAGAUUCCGCGAUGAAGCCAAAGGGGUGGGUUGUACCACCGACGGGUCCCGUUAGGAUUGGAGUUCCGUGGAAACCGGGAUACACGGAGUUUUUGAAGGUGAAGAUUGACGACGAAACGAAACAAGUCGAGGCAACCGGGUUUGUUAUCGAUAUCUUCUUGGCAACGUUGAAGGUGUUGCCUUUUCCGAUCAAUUACACGUUCGUUUGCUACAACGGAACGGGUGAUCCGGAUUGGAAAUAUGACGACAUGCUUGCCGGGAUACCAGAAAAGAAAUUCGACAUGGUGGUUGGGGACACGACGAUUCUCUCUUCACGAGCAUCGUACGUUGAUUAUUCGCUACCCUAUGCGGAAUCGGGACUCGUUCAUCUCGUCAAGAAUGAGAAGCCAUUCGACAUGUGGAUUUUCACCAAGCCAUUGAGGUGGGAUUUGUGGCUGGCAAUCACACUGUCAUGUGUGAUCAUGGGAUCGGUUAUCUGUGUUCUCGAACGCGGGAUUACUAAUCCUGCCCCCGUCGAGCGACCCAUAACGAAAUUCGACAUGGUGGUUGGGGACACGACGAUUCUCUCUUCACGAGCAUCGUACGUUGAUUAUUCGCUACCCUAUGCGGAAUCGGGACUCGUUCAUCUCUUCAAGAAUGAGAAGCCAUUCGACACGUGGAUUUUCACAAAGACAUUGAGGCAGACUUGCAGAAUCGAAGGCCUCGGCUUCGCAUUUCCGGUGGGGUCGCCACUGGCACCGUAUUUCUCGCGAGCUAUACUAAACGUGACGCAAGGUCCGGAGAUGACAAGAAUUUCGGGCCGUGCAAAUUCGUCACAAGACCCACUGUCGUCCACCCUAUCACAGAGGACGUCCAGCCUGUCUUUCUACGACUUUGCAGCUAAUGCCUGGUCCGAGAGUGCCGCUGUCUUUGCUGCGAUGGUCGAUUUUCCCACCCCACAAAACCCUUACCUUAUGCGGGCUUUCCUAGACGACUCGGGCCAAGCUCGGGCCCUCGCGUCCGUUUUCCGAGAAUUUGCAUGGAAAAAUGUUGUAAUUCUCUACAAAGACUCCGCUGUCGGCCGUCGGUUCCUCUCCCGCCUGAGUGCCGCGUUCCGGGACGCCAGAAUCGCGCUUUCCGACACCGUGGCCGCGCCUCCGUCCGCCGGCGGGGCCCACAUGCUCAGCGACGAGCUGGCCGCGCUUAAUAAGAACCAGAUGGUCAAGGUCUUUCUAGUCCACGUGGGCCCCGCGCUUGGGUCCCGGUCGUUCGCCGCGGCCGAUGAGAUGAAAGGAGCCGUGGGCGUGAGGGCCCGCAUUUCUCCUUCGUACAAGCUCAAAAAGUUCCGAGAGAGGUGGAGAAUAAAAAGCACGAUUAUGAAGAUCGAGAAAGAGAAGGAAGAUGGUUAUUCGUGGAGGAUAAUGGACUUGAAUGUUCGCGAGCUUUGGGCUUACGACACGGUGACCGCGUUAGCAAUCGCGGUAGAGAAGAUCCCCUCGACGUUAGAGAUAUUCAACGUCGUGGGAAGUGGAGAACGGAGGAUUGGAGUUUCGUGGAAACCGGGAUACACGGGGUUUUUGAAGGUGAAGAUUGACGACAAAACGAAACAAGUCGAGGCAACUGGGUUUGUUAUCGAUAUCUUCUUGGCAACGUUGAAGAUGUUGUCUUUUCCAAACAAUUACACGUUCGUUUGCUACAACGCAUCGUACGUUGAUUAUUCGCUACCCUAUGCGGAAUCGGGACUCGUUCAUCUCGUCAAGAAUGAGAAGCCAUUCGACACGUGGAUUUUCACCAAGCCAUUGAGGUGGGAUUUGUGGCGGCGUGGACAUCGUGAUAGACGAGAUUCCGUAAGCGAAACUUCUCAUAAAUUGAUACGACUCGAGGUACAAGGUUUACAGUCAGACUUACAGAAUCGAAGGCCUCGGCUUCGCAUUUCCGGUGGGGUCGCCGCUGGCACUGUAUUUCUCGCGAGCUAUACUAAACGUGACGCAAGGUCCGGAGAUGACAUUCAUCGAGCAGAAGAAUUUUGGGCCGUGCUAAUUCGUCACAAGACCCACUGUCGUCCACCCUGUCACAGAGGACGUCCAGCCUGUCUUUCUACGACUUUGCAGACUCGAACGCCUCAUCCUCUUCCCCCAUUUUUCCCCUUUUACCCGAAACCAGUAAACCCUAAAUUCCGGCUGAGCAGGGCUCUCCUGCCGGGCGGUGGCGCCACUUCUGCGUCGCUAGCCAUCCUCAGGAUGUCUCCGGUUCGUGGUUGCUGAAACCGAGUGGUUCUCUUCCAUCUGUCCGGAUGCCUUGACGGUGGAGGUGGGCGUCGGCUCGUGGGUGGGCCGCGGGGCUUGGGCAGGUGGCUGCGCGCGGCUGUUGGUAUGAGGCUGGAGCGUGGUUCUCUCCUCUCCAUUCUCGUUUCUCCGGGUGGUGGCUGGGGCUGCGGAUGCCGGCAAAUGAGGGGGGAAGGCGGUACCACUGGUCUCCUGGAGAUGUUCAGUUCAGGGUGGUUUUUUUCAGGAAAGGUUCGGUCCGUCGUUCCAGGUCGAGUCAACCGUAGGGGAGUUUCUUGCAGUGUUGACUAUUGUUCAGUUGUCCAGUUGGUGAUGUUCCAAGGAAACGGAGACUUUUACUUCUCUAAGUCUUUACCUAUCAAUUUUGUCUUCAUUCUUUCUUCCUUUGCUGAAAUACUAGGCAGUCAUGCUCGCUCCCAAGUCUUCGUCAACUUUGUUAAUGAAAUAAAGUCUGUAUUUUCUAGGAAGCUAACCAACCUGAGUGUAUAAAGACCACGGCCAACGCUGGUCCUUAAGCGAAACAAGAAGAGUUUUUAUUGAUUAGGAUUGAGAUACCAUGGAACACAGAGCUCAGGGCUGUGGUUUUGUUUUUUCUUGUAUUCUUCUUCUUAUCUGCUAUUCGUGGUUAUGUUGUCAUGCCUCAGUGGUCAACAUUGGUGUGAUUCGGAACUUAAGCUCUCCUUUCGGGACUAUGAUAAAUUUGUGCAUAGAGAUGGCUAUCUCAGAUUUUUAUUCAGCACAUCCAAAUUACAAGACAAGGUUGGGACUGAGGUUCAAGGAUGUACAUGACGUGAUUGAUGUUGAUCUUGCUGUUCUAGAGUUAGUGGAGCAGGAACGAGUGCACGGAGUUAUAGAGUCUCAGGGUUCAGCAGGUGAAACAUUUGUUGCCGAACUCGGCAGAAAAGCUCAGGUGCCGAUUUUUUCAUUUGGUCCAAGAGACUUGCUCCUGCCUGGCUUGGAAAACCCCUACUUUAUCAGGACAUAUGUUGAUGAUGCAGUUCAAGCACAGGCGCUUGCCGCCAUAUGCAGGGAAUUCAUGUGGAAGGAAGCUGUGAUCGUCUUUGAGGAUACAGACUACGGCUACCAAUUUCUAUCUCGUCUGAGAAAGGCAUUCCGGGAUGCUGAAAUUGUGCUGGCCCAUCUGGCAGCUGUGCCGGUCUCUGUCGACGACGGUCAUCUCUCCAAAGUGCUCGAAUUCCUGAAGCAAAACAUAACAGUCAAGGUCUUUCUGGUGCAUGUAGGGCCCACGCUCGGUGUCCGGCUGUUCGCAUUCGCUGAGAAGCUUGGUAUGAUGAGCGAAGGGCAUGCAUGGGUAAUCACUGACAGACUUUCCAACUUUCUGGGUUCUGUGGGCCCAUCCGCCCGUGCACUGAUGGAAGGCGUGGUGGGGCUGAGGGCCCACGUUCCCUUCUCCAGGGACCUUGAGAGUUUCCGAGAGAGAUGGAAAGGGAACGACACGGAUUUGAACAUCCACGGGCUGUGGGCGUAUGAUACAGUAACCGCCUUAGCAUUUUCGUUAGAGAAGAUUGGACAGGAAAAUUCGAGAAUCCCGUCUCUUGGUCCUCUGUUCCUAAAGGAAUUGUCUGGGAAUAGGUUCCAAGGCUUGAGCGGAGACUUUGAAUUUCUCGAAGGGAGGCUGAAGACCUCGGCAAUUGAGAUAUUCAAUGUGGUUGGGAGUGGAGAGAAAAGUCUGGGAUCGUGGACACCUGGCGGGGGAAUCAUGAAGGAACUGAGGAAGGCCAUGUGGCCGGGAGAUUCCAUAAAGCAGCCAAAGGGCUGGUCAGUCCUACCAUCGGGAGUGCUCAGAGUUGGGAUCCCCUGCAACUCGGGGGCCCCGGAGUUUGUCAAUAUCUCAACAGCAGCUGGUGAUCCUUUGAAUGAUUCAAAUAUCAGCGGGUUUGCGGUGGACGUGUUCUUGGCUGCAUUACGUGAGCUGCCUACGCCGAUCGACCAUGGAUUCUGUUGUUUUGGUGAUGUGGAGAACGCUAAUUGGAGUUAUGAUGACCUGCUUGAUCAGAUACCCGAGAAAUGUGAUAUGGUGGUAGCAGAUAUGACCAUUUGGGCUCCACGGACAUCACAUGUUGACUUCUCGCUGCCCUAUCUUGAGUCGGGAAUUGUUCUGGUCGUCAAGAAGAAGACAAUUGGGAUGUGGAGUUUCACCCGGCCGUUGAGGUGGGAUCUAUGGCUGGCGAUCUUUGUGUCGUGUUUAUUAAUGGGAUUAGUUAUAUCUGUUUUGGAGCGCCGAGAGACCAACAGUCAUGCUGAGGGAGAUCCAUUUGGCAUGACAUAUGUAGCUCCAGUUGCAGUUCUGACUUUCCAAGAAAGGGGUAUGGUCUCAAAUAAUUGCUCGAAAUUUGUGCUGGUUUGCUGGGUGUUCAUGGCAUUCAUACUGAUGCAGAGCUUCACGGCGAAUUUAUCAGCUAUUCUCACCAUUGAUCAGCUGAAAUUUGCAUUUUCCGAGGAUUACUACUUGGGCUACCGUUCGAGUUCCUUCACCAAGAAGUUUCUGGUGAGGAAUCUGAAUAUCGAUAAAUCGAGGCUCAAGCCCUACAUUACUGACGAAGAAUUCCAUGAUGCUAUGACUAGAGGAAGCAAGAAGGGGGGUGUAGAUGCCAUCUUUGACGAGACUCCUUACAUUAACCGUUUCAUGAAUAAAUAUAAAUCUGAAUACAAAAUCGUCGGACCAACUUACAGAACAGACGGUCUUGGCUUUGCCUUUCCUAUAGGCUCACCCCUCGCUGCAAAUUUCUCGAGAGCAAUCUUGAAUAUUUGCGAAAACGGACAGAGGGAAAUUUACGAGAAAAAGAAUUUUGGAUCUGGCUAUUCUACCUUAACCGAGCAGGAGACUUCAAGCCUCACUUUCUAUGAUUUCUCGGGCCUUUUCAUUGUUGUGGCGUCGGCAGCUGUAUGUGCAGUGAAGAAACGUAAAUGCCGUUUUUCCUGAAGCCGCCAUUUCAGACAAGCAAGAGCCCGAGGAAGACAGUGAUGCUGAUGGAGAUAUUUUUGAGGACGCUUUGGAUUAUGAGGCUGAUGAUGUUCAGUAGGAGAAAAUCAAAUGUUUUGUGGUCAGAACCUUUCUGGUUAUGCUAAAAGAGAUGCAAUUAUUGGGCUACUGACAUCGUAAAUCGUAAUAAUAACAAUACCGUAGCGAUAACAAGGUUUUAACUAGUGUAACAUUAUGGGAGAGUUUGACAAAGG